UAACAAUUUGUUAUCUGACUUUUCAAUUUUUCCGGAGAAUUUCAUGUAUUUUGCCGAAGUUAUUGCAAUUUUUUCAAAACUUUUUACUUCUGUGCUUUCGUCUCUUUUAAGAUUCGAAUGAGUUCAAAGAUUUUAUUUUCAAUUUGUGCUUCUAAUCAAACGGACGAACACACCAACUACAUGUUGUUAAUUUUUCCAAUGCUUUGCGUUCCAUUCUAAAUCAAUGAAUGUCAGAAUGAGUUGAGUAAUUAAACAAUUAUUAAUUACACUUACGGAAACUCUAAUUUUUGCUCAUCAGGAGUUCUGUAAGUCAUCCCAAUCCUGCCUCAACCUAUGUCUACGUUUGAAGUUCCACAGUUCGGGAGAAGUGUUUAACAGAUUCUCACCCAGUUAGUUUCUAGCUGAUCAUCAAGAUUCAUCCGAACAAACGAAGUAGAAUGCCCUUCAAUUCAGAUGAGUCAAAACCAAGUUUCCAACCAUCAAACAAGGUCAAGGUGAUGUCAAAACCAAUGCCACCCCCAAGUCGGGGAGGUUCAUACAUGGGGCAGCCUCGGAGUGGAGGAACAUCUGGAAUGGAGGGUUCAAUGUCUGUCAACUCAAUUAUGACAACCAAAGAAAAACAAAAAUACAUCGAGGACUACAACUUCCAAUAUUGUGAUGAAGCCUCCAAGUAUGAAAAAAUUGCAAAAAUCGGUCAAGGAACUUUUGGGGAAGUCUUCAAAGCUAAGGAUAGGAAGACGCAGAAAAAAAUUGUAGCAAUGAAAAAAGUUCUUAUGGACAAUGAAAAGGAAGGGUUUCCAAUCACCGCCCUCCGAGAAAUCAAAAUUUUACAGUUGCUUAAACAUGAAAAUGUAGUCAACUUACUGGAAAUUUGCCGCACCAAAGCAACGUUAUCGAACCGUUACAAAACUACUUUUUACCUAGUCUUCGAUUUCUGUGAGCAUGACUUAGCAGGACUCCUUUCAAAUAUUAAUGUCAAAUUUAGUCUCGGCGAAAUAAAGAAAGUAAUGCAGCAACUGUUGAAUGGCCUGUAUUAUAUUCAUAGCAACAAGAUCCUGCACAGAGACAUGAAAGCUGCCAAUGUGCUCAUAACAAAGACUGGUAUUCUAAAACUAGCCGACUUCGGACUGGCUCGACCUUUUAGUUUUUCUAAAAACAGUGCUCCCAAUAGGUACACAAAUCGAGUAGUAACUCUAUGGUAUCGGCCACCUGAGCUUCUUUUAGGCGAUCGCAAUUAUGGCCCACCUGUAGAUUUGUGGGGCGCUGGAUGCAUAAUGGCUGAAAUGUGGACAAGGUCACCAAUUAUGCAAGGCAAUACCGAGCAACAGCAGCUGACAUUAAUAUCUCAACUCUGCGGCUCUAUUACCCCUGAGGUUUGGCCAGGGGUUGACAGCUUAGAAUUGUAUACUAAAAUGGAAUUACCACGCGACCAAAAGCGAAAAGUGAAAGAAAGACUAAAACCAUACGUCAAAGACCCAUUCGCGUGUGAUCUUCUAGACAAAUUAUUAGUAUUAGACCCAAGUAAAAGGGCGGACUCCGACUCAGCUCUUAAUCAUGAUUUCUUCUGGACAGACCCCAUGCCGUGCGAUCUGUCAAAAAUGCUGGCUCAACACACGCAAAGCAUGUUUGAAUACUUAGCUCCCCCCCGAAGACCCGGCCACAUGAGGCCGCACCACCAGCAAGCUGCGGUUAUCAACCCCACAGCUGCCCGAGCAACAACUUCCUCCGUCGAAAGUGGCUAUCAAGAUAGAGUAUUUUAGUUGUAGCUUUCCUCUUGCUUUCAACACCGGCUCUGUGUUGUUUGUGAGUUUAAGUUAUUUUCAAUCGGGGCCUUUUUAUAUGAUCUGAUCUAUUUUUGUUCAUCAUUUGUUUUCGGCCUUGUUGCUAUCGUUGAAUUAGCUUAGGUAUGUCAAGUGCUUUUACCUACGAAGCCUUGUAAAUGGGCCACUAGGCAAGGUCUGAAUUUGAAAUGAACAUCACAUAUUUCCUCUCCAAAAUUUUAUAUAGAACACGAUUUACACAAGGAGGAGUGCAGAAUUCAGCUCUUGAAUGAGAUAUUAAUAAGUAUUUUCAACACUGAUCCAACAAAAGUUAGACUUCAUAAAUGAUGCCAUCUCUAUUUUUGUCCUUUAACCAAUCUUAAUUGUGUACACUUUUAUCUUGUUUAGGAGGUGAUUCCUAGACUUCCCAUCGUGGGACUUGUUUUUCUCGUAAAAUUUUGAAGGGGGAUGUACUAGCGUAAUACUUCAAUUCAUAACUUGUCUGCAGACCCAUUGAAAGACGUAUGAAAAAGGGGAAAAAUCAUCUCCUUUUAAGAGUUGAAUUACUAAAAAAUUGAAGGCUGGAUUUGUUAUUUUUUCAGUUUUGAGUAUUUUUCAAAAAUAUGUAUGUAUAUAUCAGACAAAACGCCUAGUAAUUAUUUUUUCAUGAAGUAAACAAAGCCAAUAAAAAGAUGGGGAAAGAGCCACUCGCUGUUUUUCGUUCCAGGAAAUAAAAAAUGUCGAAAAAUCAGAUGAAAAACUGAAAGAAAAGCAAAUCCAUUCAGAACCAACUCGGAGACGAACUGCAAGUUUAUAAAUUAAAGGAUAGAUGAAGGGUAUCAAGUCUCAUCCAUUUUAGGGAAACAAAGGUUGAGCAGCUGUCAAAUCAUAGUACUUAAUCAUCCACUCGGUUCUCAACCAAAUGUCUCUCUUAAUCAAUUAUUUAAAUUAUCGAUAGUCUCCUUUCUUCCCAUUUCAUCAAAAUAAUGAGUCAAAAUGUGAUAUAUUCUAAUAAGUGUUAAUAUAAACGUAUUUUAAAUACAUUCUAGGUUUUACUUAAAAAAGUGUAACCUCUAACUGGUGCAAUUUGAAUUGACGGGUGUGAAGAAGUCAAGAACAGGCACUAUAAAAGGCACCGCAAGGGUAAGAAAAUAAUAUAUAAGAUCUCAAUUAGGAGCCUUACCAUUAUUGCAUCAAGCCAGUCCUUGCCAUUCAUAAUAUACCUGGCAUUCUCACACCUGCCAUUUCGAAUAGGGCCAACUUUACCAGAGGUGUUUCUCAAAAAUGUUCAAGUAGUUGAGUAGUUCAAGUCAAGUAGUUAAGUAUGUCCAGUAAGCAGUGCUUUCUUGUGAUAAGUCAUUCUAUGGCUUUAAGUUGAUUUUUUUCCCCUUGCAUGUGUACAUAGGUGUAAAUUGUAAUCUAUGUAUAUGAAAGUUUGGGUGUCGCACUCUCAUGAGGUGCUGUCAUCGAAUUACGCACCCUUUUCCUCAAUGUUUGUUAUUCCUCCCCCACACUUGUAAAACAUUUUUGCCUGUCUUCAUAGUGGAAUUAAUGAUGUCUGUUAGCGUUGGGAGCGUUACAUAAUUUGUGAUUGACCCCUGUUUGUAAUUUUUUGUACUUUGGGAAUGGAAAGCCUAGAGCAAUUUGAUGAGAGGGUUUAUUUUUGUGCCAACGUGACACAGUUGAAUCUGAUAGUAAAAAAGCUUAUAAAGACUGUGAAUCCAUCACCACCUACUCUUCAUAAAAAAUUAUAUAUGUGACUAUAUUUGACAAUGAGUUCUACUUACAAUGUCUCAGUGCCACUUAAAAUGAAAAAUCUGACUUAAGCUCGGGUGCGAUCAGAUAAUAUUUCCGACAGAGUUGAUUUUUACACAUUGCUGUCCAUGAUUUGAACGAUAAAAUGUACAGAAUUAAAUUUUGAGAGCUGCAGAAACAUCUAUAAAGAAAAGAUGGACGAAGUGAAUCUUUUUUCCAUCCUGAGAGUUCCAAGUUUUGCAGUUUCAAAUGUGUAAAAAAUAUUUUAGUAUUUAUUUUUGUUGAGUGAUAGAUCCCUAACGAAGUGGCUCUUUCCGUCUGCAGAUUUUCCUAUUGGAAGAGUAAUCAUACAUGAGAAUCAUCAAAACAUCAAUCUGGAGACAUGCAUAGUUUGCGGUAUUUUUUUACCAAAACUUCUGUAAGGUACCGUUUUUUUAUAAUAUUUUCAGUUGAAUUAUUGAAGUCAAAAUCACUGUAAUCUUGUUUUUAAAAUGUCUCCUUUUAAAAAAGGAUUUUACUUCCUUUCUCAUUUUCAGGUCGUUGUGCCCCCUCAUUUCUGCUCAAUAUUAGGUGAGAUGGACCUCUAUACAGGGUACAAAAUUAUGAAUCAUAAUAUCGAUGGCUAAAGUGCGAAACCAAAUAUCUCCAUUGCAUUGUUUCAAAAUGUCAGCUCCUAUUUUAUUUAUUCGAGGAGAAACAACUGAGCUCUACAGCUUGAAAUUCAUACUGAGUACUCUGCUAACAUAGAAUAAAAACUGUAGAAGCUUCCAAGAAAUUAUGACAGCCAGUUUUGCACCAAAAAGAGAAAGUAAGACAGGAAGUGUGCAAUGUCUCGUACAGAGAUUCAUGGUUUCGCACUUUAGCCAUUGGUGAACAUAUGUUGCCUGAUAGAAACUUUACGUAGAAUGCAAGAACGCAUCGAAACUUUCCAAGUUUAACUCAUUAGUUAGAGAAUAACGGUUUUUGUCAGUGUUAAUUCACACUCCCCGCUUUCGGAAAAACCUGAGUCUACUCAAGUCGAAUCGAGCCAUAAAAUUAUUUUCGUGGAUUUUAUGAUGGAGGAAUUUUCCUGUGUACUAACUUAAUUUCCCAGAAGUUAAAGAUACAAGAACAGGAAGGAAAUGGAUGUGAAACCAAGUUGUAGUUAUUUGCCUGAUCCAUAGGUUGAUUCUAUGUGUCUGAUUUGCCCUACAUUGAUCAUGGUUUUUUCAGCAGAAAUGCUAACUAUGAACGUUUUUUCUCACUUAUGAGUUGAUUUCGAAAGUUUCCAUCAUGUUUGACAUGUUUAACAUGAAAUUUUGAUGAGAACACAUUUGCUGUACUGCUUAAUUUCUUACCCUGUAAAAUGGUAUAAAUUGGACUUCAUUUGGACGUAUUUCUAUCGAGUGGAGCUAUGUGCAUUAAGACAUGAGCCCUCAGACCCAUAAGAAUAUGUGCAUAACAAGGGCUCACGUGAUAAUGCACAUAAGUCCGUUUGAUAGAAAUACGUUCAUUCGGCAAUUAGGAGCUACAAUUUCUGACUCAGUUUAGAAACAAUGUAUGUACCAUCAGUUUCUCUUUGUACAUAAGUGUUAUUGCGGAUGAGCCAGGAAUUAUAAUUCCGAUUCGCAAAAUGUCGUCCAAAUGAUAUUUAAAGUGUAUCUUCAUCAAGUUUAGCGUUUAAUAUUUAAUGUCAUUUUAGGUCUUUUCAAUUUUUCUUUUGUGAAUAAGUUUCUUAAUUUAAUAGUAUAUUUUUAUUAAAUUGUUGAAA